AUGACUAAAUCCAUUUUUUGUGCUGCCCUUAUCAUCCUUAUUCUAGGGCUGAUGGCUAAUGAGAUCCAAGGAGACAAGUGUGGGGAAGUUUUACCACAAGUAGAUUGUGGUACUGGCUCUUGUGGCGCUCUGUGCCGUCAACUAAAGCAUGGAGUUCCUCAUUGCGUUCGGGCAUCUGAUGGAAAAUUAUAUCUCAUUUUCUGA